GCCGGAUUUAGACGCUGUUCAGAAAUAGCAAAAACACAGCCUUUCAUUCCUUUCUAUGGUCGGAGUCAGCUGUCACUCACUGCCUUCUGCAUCAGUUCCGACCUGAAGAUCUCAUUAAUAACAACAGUAACUAUUGAUCUGAUAUCUAAUACACAGGGAGAAUCUCAUCCUGUCGAAAAUGGCAACGUCAGUGAAACUCAACACUGGGGCAGACAUGCCUGUCCUGGGUCUGGGGACAUGGAAGUCUAAACCAGGUGAGGUCGCCUCAGCUGUGAAAGCCGCCAUCUCUGUAGGUUACAGGCACAUCGAUGGAGCCUUCGUCUACAACAACGAGAAGGAAGUCGGAGAGGGCAUCCAGGCCACGAUUCGAGAGGGCGUGGUGAAAAGGGAGGAGCUGUUUAUCGUCAGCAAGCUUUGGUGCACCUUUCACCAGAAAUCAGCUGUAAAGGGAGCGUGUCAAAAGACUUUAAGUGACCUGCAGCUGGACUACCUGGAUCUGUAUCUGAUCCACUGGCCAAUGGGUUUCAAGCCUGGAUCAGAACAGUUCCCGCUGGACAGUGAAGGCUUGACCAUCAGUGAUGACACCAGUUUCCUGGAGACCUGGGAGGGAAUGGAAGAGCUGGUGGAUGCAGGGUUGGUGAAGGCCAUUGGUAUCUCCAACUUCAACCGAGAGCAGAUUGAAGCCAUUCUGAAUAAACCAGGCCUUAAAUAUAUACCAGCCAACAACCAGGUCGAGUGCCACCCUUACCUGAUGCAGGACAAACUCAUCACCUUCUGUCAGUCGAAGGGGAUUACUGUGACCGCGUACAGUCCUCUGGGUUCCCCUGACAGACCAUGGGCUAAACCUGAGGACCCAUCAUUGCUGGAAGAACCAAAGAUCAAAGCCAUUGCUGAGAAGCACAAAAAGACCAGCGCUCAGGUUUUGCUCCGCUUCCAAGUCCAGAGGAACGUCAUUGCGAUCCCGAAAUCUGUUACUCCAGCACGUAUCACGGAGAACUUCCAGGUGUUUGACUUUGAACUGAGCGACGAUGAAAUGAAGACCAUUUUAAGCUUCAACAGGAACCACAGGGUUUGUCCCAUGCAGUGGAGUGUGAAGCACAAAGAUUAUCCAUUUAAUGCUGAGUACUGAAACUGAGGAAGCUUACUCAAUAAAAAAGCAACACAACAGCCAGGCAAAAAUAAUAAAUAAAAAUGGCAACAUUGCGUCAA